AUGACCUCAUCCCGCCCCCUUCGCUCCAACAGGCGGGUCUUGGCCUCACCUGCUCACAGCCUCACCUGCUCACAGCCUCACCUGCUCACAGCCUCACCUGCUCACAGCCUCACCUGCUCACAGCCUCACCUGCUCACAGCCUCACCUGCUCACAGCCUCACCUGCUCACAGCCUCACCUGCUCACAGCCUCACCUGCUCACAGCCUCACCUGCUCACAGCCUCACCUGCUCACAGCCUCACCUGCUAACAGCCUCACCUGCGCUCACAGCCUCACCUGCUCACAGCCUCACCUGCUCACAGCCUCACCUGCUCACAGCCUCACCUGCUCACAGCCUCACCUGCUCACAGCCUCACCUGCUCACAGCCUCACCUGCUCACAGCCUCACCUGCUCACAGCCUCACCUGCUCACAGCCUCACCUGCUCACAGCCUCACCUGCUCACAGCCUCACCUGCUCACAGCCUCACCUGCUCACAGCCUCACCUGCUCACAGCCUCACCUGCUCACAGCCUCACCUGCUCACAGCCUCACCUGCUCACAGCCUCACCUGCUCACAGCCUCACCUGCUCACAGCCUCACCUGCUCACAGCCUCACCUGCUCACAGCCUCACCUGCUCACAGCCUCACCUGCUCACAGCCUCACCUGCUCACAGCCUCACCUGCUAA